AUGGCUUCGAAAAGAAAACGUGUUGUGCUAUCGUUAGCGGACAAACUGAAAAUUAUAGAGCAACUCGAUAAAGGUGUAACGGUAGCUGACUGUAAAAAACGAUGGAAAAAUUUAAGAAGGUCAUAUACACGGCAUCUGAAAUCUAGCAUUAGUCCGUCUGGUAGUGCUACAAAAUCAAAGAGACCGUAUUACCUUGCAGAGCACAUGCAAUUUUUACAACCAUUUACAAAAUCACGCGAAUCUGUUUCGUCAAUCAGUAAUAGUAAUAGACCAUCCUCACAAAUAUCUAAAAAUUCGUCCGAAGAUUUUAUUGAAGAAAGUGAUAGUUCUGUCAACUUGCCUGAAACACCUGAAGAUGAAAUAAGAUCAGAUAAUCAAUAUGAACCUGAUGGCAUCCAAUCAACAAGUCCGUUAUGUGAUGAAUUAUUCAAACCUCCUAAUAAACAUUUUAAAACGUCCAAACAAUCUAUCUCAAUAUCAGAUGUGAACAAUUCGGCUUAUGAAUAUUUUCAAUCCAAAAAGAAUACCAGUAAAAUAGUACAUGAGAACAAGCCUCAAGAUCCGGAAGUGUCUUUUCUAAUGAGUGUUCUGCCCGAUUUCAAAGAAAUGAACGCAGAUCAGAAAAGGCGAUUUAAAAUUGGAAUUCUUAAUUUGGCUGGGAACAUUUUAAAUGAAAAUACAUACAAACCUACUUUAGAGCCUUUUAACAACCCUACAUCAUCGGCAUCUUCAACUAUGUAUAUUGAUCAACGAAGCACACGUUUUGAACCAUCGUUAAACGACCAAACAUCAAUAACCUACCCAUCGACAGACUGUACUCAAAAUGUCUUAGCUGAGUUUCUGAAAUAUCCCACAAAAUAA